UCUCUGCGGCUCACAACCGAGUCAACAAGCGGCACGCAGCCGAGGAGAGACUGCAACUUCACUUUAGACUUCAAAAAAAAAAAAAAAAAAAAAAGCCCACACUCUGUCCUCACAGUCACUUUAAGCUCAGACAACACCGCGAGAGGACGAGUGAAAGCUGUCUUUUUCAUUUUUCAUUUUUUUUAAAAAACAGGUGCCUGAUUCCGUCGCAUUCACCUGCUGUCCACCAGCGUCCGCGAUGGUUAAAUGUCCUGUUUGAUGGUCGAGAGGUGUGGAGCAGUCGCAUUUAAAAGGUCGGAGCAGAAUGCCAUACAAGUUCGCAUGCUGGCUGAUGGCAGACUGAACACUGGUUAUGCAGGGGUGUUGCUGGUGGAGAGACGAGGCUCCUACCCGCUGAUUGACCUGCGAAUCCUCAAAACCAGUGCCCAGCAGGGAGAGGUAGUGGCCGGCAGGAGGAAGGUGAAGCGUCAGCUGAGCUUUCAGAGGUACUGCCACGCCUCCAGGCUGCUCAGGGGUUUGAUGCCCCACACCCCCAGGUCACUACAUCUACUGGACGACGUUUACCUGGGACAAGCUGCACACAUGCUAUCAAAAGUGGGCACAUGGAACUUUGACAUUUUCCUCUUCGAUCGUCUUACAAAUGGUAACAGCCUGGUGACUCUGAUGUGCCAUCUCUUCAAUGUCUACGGUCUCGUUCACCACUUCCAGCUGGACAUGGUCAAACUGCACAGGUUUCUCGGCAUGGUGCAGGAGGACUACCACUCCCAGAAUCCCUAUCACAAUGCUGUUCAUGCUGCUGAUGUCACUCAGGCCAUGUACUGCUACCUUAAGGAGCCCAAGCUAGCAGAGCAGCUGAGUCCCCUGGACGUGUUUCUGGGUCUGAUGGCAGCAGCCGCCCACGACGUGGACCAUCCUGGAGUCAACCAGCCCUUCCUCAUCAAGACCAGACACCACCUGGCGUCCCUCUACCAGAACACAUCUGUGCUGGAGAGUCACCACUGGAGAUCCACUGUGGGCAUGCUGCGAGAAUCAGGACUGCUGUCACACCUGCCUGCUGACAUGUCGCAGGACAUGGAACAGCAGCUGGGCUCUCUCAUCCUGGCUACAGACAUCAGCAGGCAGAAUGAGUUCCUGUCGACCUUCAGAGAACAUCUGGAUAACCAGGACCUGGACCUUCAGCUCGCCUCACACAGGCACUUUAUACUGCAGAUUGCUCUGAAAUGUGCAGACGUCUGUAAUCCAUGUCGGGUUUGGGAGCUGAGCAGACAGUGGAGUGAGAGAGUGUGUGAGGAGUUCUACCGACAGGGUGACCUGGAGAGAAAGUUUGACAUGGAAAUUAGUCCUCUGUGUAACCAGCAGGCUGACUCUGUCCCAGCUAUUCAGAUAGGAUUCAUCUCCUACAUCGUGGAGCCUCUCUUUGAGGAGUGGCACCGCUUCACCGAGCCCAGCCCGCUCAGCCAGACCAUGAUGGGUCACCUGCACAAGAACAAGGCUCGCUGGAGCCACCUGCGAUACGCACACGCAGACUCGGACACGCAAACACACCCAGACGCCGAGGAGCCCGAGCCUGAAGGAGGAGGAGGAGGAGGAGGAGGAGGGGAAGACAUCCCUUAAUCUUCCUCUUGUUUCUUGAGGGGUUUGAUCUUCAGGAGUGUCCUCCAGCAUAUUUUCUCCCGCUGCUGGUUGUUCACAGGCUCUGACAGUGGGAGCACUGGAAGGGAGUCUGGCUUCAAUUCAUGAGAAACAGCUCCCUCUGCUGGAGCGGAUGACUGUAGCCCUGCAGGGGGAAAAA